CUGAAAUCUACUCUUCCCGGCAAUUGUGAGCAGCUAUGAAUUUCAAAAGUCUUCUUUUGUCCUUCUUCCUGGUCUUCGCGGUUGGACUCGCUCUGGUCCACGCCGAGGAGACUAAGGAGCCACGAGGCCCAAAGAUCACAAGCAAGGUUUUCUUUGACAUUGAGCAUGGAGACAAGCCCUUAGGAAGAAUUGUGCUCGGAUUGUACGGCAAGACUGUCCCUAAGACAGCUGAGAACUUCCGCGCUCUCGCUACCGGUGAGAAGGGCUUCGGUUAUGAGGGCUCUACCUUCCACCGUGUCAUCAAGAGCUUCAUGAUCCAGGGCGGUGACUUCACCCGUGGUGAUGGUACCGGUGGAAAGUCGAUCUACGGCGAGAAAUUCGCGGAUGAGAACUUCAAGCUUAGGCACACCCGCAAGGGCCUUCUGAGCAUGGCAAACGCUGGCAAGGAUACCAACGGCUCUCAGUUCUUCAUUACCACCGUUCCUACUCCAUGGCUCGAUGGUCGCCAUGUUGUCUUUGGUGAGGUUCUUGAGGGCUACGAGAUCGUGGAACAGAUCGAAAAUGUGCCCAAGGGUCCUGGCGACAAGCCCGCAGAGACCGUCAAGAUCGUCAAGAGUGGAGAGAUCAAGGAUGAAUCCACCAAAGGUAGCCACGAGGAGCUGUAGACCUGUUCCUGGUCAGUCCUUGCUGCUUUGAUAUGCAAUCAAAUAUGCUGAUGGUUGGAUGACGCUCAGAACAAGAUCCAGCUGACGGGCUCUACGAUGGAGAACCGUCAGAAAUAUCAACUCUGCCCGAAUCUUCCGCUUAUUCUCUUCGCAACGUUGCAGUCCUUUCCAUCUUCAUCGCUAUGGUUAUCAUCGCGGUGAAGAUCAGCAAGAAGAAGGCAAAGCAGUUCAAUGAGAAGAGCGAGGUCUAGUCAACAGUGUUACUGCUAAAGCUCAGCUGUUUAUAUAGAUCCAUAAAUGGAAUACAUAUUUCAAACCAAAAUAU